GAGCAGCAGAGCUGGCUUUGAGCUCCCAGCUGGACCCGCAGAACCAAAUCCAGGUGUUCGUUAGAACCAUUUGAUGUUAGUGCUGCCACGUUCUUCUGAUUGGGACCUUCUUGUUUUGCACCUGGACCGGAGGACGGGACGGUGCCACACUGGAGCUCUCCGGCGCGCGCCAGAGGACAAAAAACUGCAGCAAAGGGAGGUUCUUGUCCUCAGCGUGGCUCGAAUAGAUCAUAUCUGAGCAUCUUUAGGAGUUGAUCAAAUAUUUAUUUUAAUCUAAUUGACGUGUGGAGAUAAACACAACAGCAGAGCGCGCGGACUCCUCAUCUCCUGCUGCGCGUUUUUUAUGACGGAAGCCGGAGAUUUCCUCCUGUUGGAUCCAGUUUCAUGACAUAAAAGUUUUUUUUCCCAUUUUAUUUGCUGUUUUAUGUUUUCCUCUCUGUCCAACACGGUAACAAUGAUGACAGAGAACACUGAGAUGGAGAGCGAGUCYCAGCUGCAGCGCUCCCCAAGCAACAUCCCCAUCCAGCCCAUCACAUCCAAGCUCCAGAGACUGAAACGCUCRCUCUCCUUCAAGACCAUGAUGCGCAGCAAGAGCGUGGAGAACUUCUUCCAGCGCUCCUACAGCGACGCCCGCCUGCCCCCGGACUUCAUCACCGACCCGCCGCCGCCGUCCCCGCCUCUGCCCCCGGGCUCCCCUCUGGUGGGCGAGCGCUCGCCGUCCAUCUCGCCGUCCCUCAGCCCCAACCUCUCCGUCUCCUCCCACUCCCCGUCUCUGAGCCUGUCCCCRUCGCUGCCCGCCAAGCCGGCCCGGGCGCAGGUCAACCACUGCUUCCAGGACCACGUCUUUCGAAAGCCCACCAACUGCCAGCACUGCAAGCACAUGAUAGUGGGAAACUCCAAACAAGCUCUGCGAUGUAAAACCUGCAAGAUGGCUGCUCACCUGUGGUGCACCUCCGAACUGUCGCAGCAGCCGUGUCACGGCAAGUCUGGAGCGUUCAAGCGAAACUUCAGCUCGCCGAUGCUCGUCAACGACCAAUUGGCUGUCGUCAAGGAAGUUCAGCCAAGCCAAGAGGCUGAGCGGAGGCGUGUAGACCCUGUGUACGCUGCCUUGCGCUACGGGACGUCCUUGGCACAGAUGAGCCGUUCCAGUUUUGGCAGUUUGUCAGAAUCGCCGACACACAGCCUGGGGGAGGGAGGCGAAGAGAGGCAGCAGAGGCAGAGCAGCAUGGAGGAGGAGGAGGAGGAGGAGACGACGCAGGAGGCAGGGGGUAACGAGUGUGUCGUCUGUGUCUGUGCUGUGUUUACAUGGUCUUUUCUUCCUUUCGUAGAAAAUCCCCCAGCCCUUCCAGACCCCCCUGUCCCAGAGAAUGAGAUGAAAGAGGAUGAAGAGCAGAGCGGCGAGCAGGCUCAGGUUCCUGCAGAGGACACCUGUGCAAAGGUAGUGCCCAAACGUAUUGAAGUCCACUCCAUCCACACCUAUGUAGCUCUCUACAAGUUUCUGCCUCAGGAACACAAUGACCUGGAACUGCAUCCUGGCGAUCGGGUCCAGGUCACAGACGACUCUAACGAGGAGUGGUGGAAGGGUAAGAGCGGCGACAGGGUCGGCUUCUUCCCCGCCAACUUCGUUCAGAGAGUCCGGCCCGGAGAGCGGGUGUGGCGGGUCGUCCAGGGCGUCUCCGGCAGCCGGGAGCGAGGUCACAUGACAGUGAGGGAAUCUCAGAUUUGUGUCGGGAAGCGGGAAGACGGCGAGAGGUUUCUGAAACUGAGCAGCGGGAAGAAGCGAGGCCUGGUCCCGGCCGACUCGAUAGAGGAGAUAUGAACCUCUUACCUCUACACAGAUUCAGUGUCGGCACCAAAACAAGUUCAUCCCUGAGACAGCCUCAACCUCAACUGCCUGAAAGACUCUGCAAAGACUGAACCCAACAUCUGUGAUGGAAAGCAUUUAGGAGUGACUGAGGUUUYCAUGAGGGGUCUGAUCCUCUGAUUUUUUUUCCAAUCACAAUAAGUCCAUGUUUAGACAAAGGGCGCUCAAACGAGUGUGUGGUUCAGAUAUAGCUUUCCUCGUCAAAAACACGUUUACAAUCGUGGGAGGAGGCUGGAUCCUGGGAACAUCAUGCUUGUGUCAGUGUCCCUUUCUCUCUUCUGCCCACUCGGCGUGUCUCAUCUGCUCAUUUCAGGUUUUUUUUUUUUUUAACCAUGGGGACUGAUAUCAGCUUUGUUUCAAGAGACUCUUGCCAAGAACAUCCACUGCCAUGUAUGGAAAGCUAUUCUGYCACUCAGAAUGUGAGGAAAGAAGAAAGUCUGCAUCAGACUUACAGCUCCUCUUAGGGCGGGCAGAUAUAAAACGUUUCAGGCUCUGCAUUGUGUGCAUUUUUCUGACUUUUCAAGUGUAAAGGAGCGUUGAAAAUAUGCUACAAACGAGGCUUUGGCAUCUUUUAUUUUUUGCUAUGAAGGCCUAAAACACCUAUGAGGUCAAUUUUAUUUAAAAACCUACAAGAACUGCUUGAAAAAUGUCUUUUUAGAUGAGUCUGGUUAAUUGUCCACAUUGUGUCUUGUGUUGAGUGAAAUGAAAGAAACCAAACGAGGAACRAAACAUAAAGCAGUUUGUCCAGAUAAAAGGUUGUUUUUGAACUUGUGAGCACCAAGCAAGAAAAAAAAAGAAAAAAAAAAACUAGGUGUGGAUGUUCCAAAUGAAAGAAGCUGUGCUCCUGUUUUCACACGGCUGUGCACAGAAAGCUCGCUGUCUGUCUGCUCCACAGCCUCGGCGGGUGUCGCAAACGCCGCCAGGCAAUCUAACAUGUUCACCACAGCUCUGAGCAGCAGGAAAUAAACUGCAGCCAGCGUGUGCCUGAAAGAAAAAAAAACAAUUCUUUCUGGCCGUGACGAGGGUUUUGAAGUUCCAGUGACAGUUGGUGCUUUCAGUGGGACGAACGACACGAGCGUUGGAGCGGGAUGAGUCAGCGCGGAGGUAAUUUCUGUUCCCACGUGUGUGCACGACUUGUUCAUUGAUCAAAUGUCAGCCUGCCGUCGUCUUGUUUGGCCUCUCUUGUCCUCCUGUUAUUGAUGCGACUCGUCAGCUGUGACUUGUCUUCGACACGUGUUUGCUUCUCUGCCUCUUCACUUUGGAGAGUUUAGGCGCUCCGGUGAUUCCUCGUCCAUCAAACGAGCUCGAUGUAUUUCUCUGUGCUGAAAUCCGAGUGAGCACGACUCGAAGCRUUUAAUAGUAGAAAGAGGAUUUUUGAGAUAAUUUAGCUCGUUUACUACAACUCCAAGCUGGGACGUUGUGUGAAAUGUAAAUAAAAACAGAAUGUGAUGAUUUGUAAAUUUUAUUCAGAUGUUGAAUGCUUGAACUUCAUUGCUUUCUGUUUUUGUCAGAGGUGUAUAAAGUAGCCUACAUGAAAAGAGUACAGGGCUGGCCUGUGGCAUAGGUGGUGUAGGCAAAUGCUAAGGGUGCUGUCCAUCUAGGGGGCACCACAAAUAGUGACAAAAAAACUCUUUUAAAAUCUGAGUCUAGUUGAUUUAUUCUGUAGAAUAAUCACUGGUUCCUCUGGUUUAAGAACUUGUUCUGUGGGUUUCUCAGCAUGUUUUGUUGCUACACGAGGUGUUAUUUGGUGCAGAGGAUAUUAUGUUGCAGUCAAGACUAACUAUCGGUGCCCAGUGUGUAAGUAGAAAACCAAAUAAAGACAAUGGAAAGCUGAA